AUGUCUCCUCCUACGAAAUACGCCGUCGCUUUGUUCCCGGGUUUUCAAGCUCUCGAUGUUUUCGGACCUCUCGAUACCCUGAACUGGACAUCCAGACGACAGCAUUUCGAACUCUCGCUUCUUCACACUUCGCUUGAACCAGUAUCCACUCAGUCAGAGGGCAUUCCCGCUUGUAUUGGGCAGAGUGUUGUCCCGACUCAUACCUAUGACACUGCUCCGGAAGAUAUCGAGGUUCUGAUUGUGCCGGGCGGCUUUGGUGCCAGGGAUCCAAAGAAUACCGAGCGAGUGCGGGAGUUUGUUAAAGAGAGAUAUCCGAAGCUGAGAUAUCUCUUGACUGUCUGCACGGGAAGUGUAAUUGUGGCUCAGACAGGACUUCUUGAUGGCAAGAAUGCUACUAGUAACAAGCUAGCCUUCGAAUGGGUCCUGACUCAAGGUGUCAAUGUCAAGUGGGCAAGAAAGGCUAGAUGGGUGGUAGAUGGAAAUAUCUGGACAGCCUCGGGCAUCUCGGCUGGUAUUGAUAUGACCUAUGCAUUUAUCGCGGAUCAGUAUGGACAAGACGUUGCAGACGAUACAGCUAAGGGAUCUGAGUAUGUACGCAACACUGAUCCUAACGAAGAUCCAUUUGCUGUUUAA